GUCUGUCUAUUUGCUGGCCUCGGCGUUGUGAGAUCGAAUUUAUAAUUUAUUACGUCAUAUUACAAUGUGCGACUCACCUAUUCUUCUGCGGGUUGUUUUAUGAAUACAUUGAAUAAUAAAUCUUCCUUCCCUGCUGCCUUUAUGUUCACCUUGUCCGCUAUAUGUAUAUAGCCCAGCUUUGUUUACUAGUUUGUAAUGAGAUUCCGACCAGUAAUCUAAUUUUGCAGACAUACUGUGAGAAGAUGCCACAGAGGGACAGGCGCCCCCACGGCAGUGAUAUGUAUGCAGAGUACAAGAGCAGAGUUUGGGACAAUCCACAAAACAGUGACAAUCUGCACAAUGGGAGAGGUCAUAACCAUAGGUCACGAGAUCAGAGAAGAUCUGCAGGUGGCAGUGAGUCCAAAACAAACAGACACAGGGACGUGACAAGUGACUCCCACAAUGAGCCACAUGUUUACAGAAACUAUCACCAAGAAGAAGCCCCAGGAAUGUCCAGAGAGACGUCAGUGUAUCAGUCUGACAGGGAGUAUUACGAGCAACCACACAGACAAGCUGUGUACAACCUCAGAUACGUCCUAACCAGCAGAGGGCUCUGCCAGGUCAUGGAGCUGUUCGUGAAUCUGCUCCUCGUCAUCUGUGCAGGAAUUCCAUACAGCAACAACGUGCCGUACCGCGACGUGGCCAGCCUUGGUGGACUCUACUAUUACUACUAUGGCGGAGCCAGCGCUUUCACUGGAGCUGAGGCGGAAAAAGUAAAGACUCUGGACCAGCAGUUCUUCCAGCUGAGGCAGCCGCCAUACGUGUGCACUAUGGCGUGUGGUGGGGUUUUAAUGGUCUACGUCUGUGCCAUGCUUGCCCUGGGGAUUUUCAGAGUCACUUACCGCUGGCCCCCUGUGCUGCUGGGGGAGGCUCUGCUGAACCUUCUCAUAGGCCUUGGCUACAUCCCCGCCCUUGCAUUCUACUUUAUUAAGGUGCAGGAAGCUUACAAUAACCCCAUUUGUUCAGAGAGAGACCAGAUGUACAAGAGCAAAGGGCUUAAUGGUUAUGGGUGCCAGUUUAAUGGGGCAGAUAUCGCAGGAGGCCUCUUUGGGGUGUUGGGGGUGUUUGUUUUCAUCUUUGGUGCAGUGUUAGCUGUCAGAGCUUUUAGGUCAGUGCGUGAGCUUAAGGAGCAAAGGAGGACAAAUGAGGACAAUAAUCUUUAAUCAGCCUUUUCUUGGCAUUUUUGAACAAAUAUCCAGUUACAAUUUCUGACAAAUUAAUUAUAUUGGAUAUAAAUAUUUGCUGCUUUUUACAUUUGCUGCUUUUUUUAUUAACUUUUUAUGUUUUAGUUUUAUCUUGCAGAAAAUGUUUUAAUUCUACUUUUCAUUUAAAUGGGUACUGUUACAUUUGUCUGAAACCAUACCUUUGGUCAUACAGUAGUCAUUUGGUCAAGAAAACCACUUGUUUGAUCAAUCGUAAAAUCGUUGUGCAAUCCUUAGAGGCGUCUGUUGUUUGUUCAACUGGCAGGUUGAAACUUGUUACUGAUGUUUCUUUGUAAGGGACCAGUGAUUCUUGUUUUUGGUUUACCUCUCACUUAUUCACAAGCAGAGGAGCUGUCAUGACUAGAGUCAACAUAGAGAGGAAUCAGAGGCCGAAGCUCCAACUCUGUGAUGGCUGGACCAACCACCGGAUCCACAGCUCUACUGGAAUUUGUUAUUUUUUCUACAUGAAAAUGUGAUGUGCUUUAAACCUGGAGGUUCUUACAUAGUCUUUGUUUAUUUGUAUGUGUAUUAGUAUUAUAUUAUAGUAUUUUUACUAUACACUGGAGAAGUUGCUGCCUCACAUGAAACAUAACUGCACAUAUUUACUUGAGCUUUGCAUAAUUCAGUGUGUGAUCCAAACUUGUUCGACUAACCAAAAGGAGCAACAACACUGUGUAACACUGUUAAACCAAUAAACUAUCACAUUUUUAACUAUCCAAAGAA